UGUUUGUGUGUGUGUAUGUGUGUUGGUGGAUGUGAGUACGGGGAAGCAGCGGCCGCCAUUUCAGAGAGCUUGCUGAAGCUGUCGCAGGGGUGGAUCCUGAGCUGCCGAAGCCGCCGUCCUGAACUUCCGCGCGGGCUCCUCUAAUCCCAUUGUUUCUUUUAGAUUCGCUCGGGCCUAUCCGCCCUCGGAGCCCGAAAUUCGGGCUGGGCGGAACCUCGGCCUGGGCCUAGCGGCUUAACAGUAGCAACAGCGGCAGCAGCAGCAGCACCCCUUUUUCCGAAUACAAGCACCCCAGGGGCCCGAAAGCCCGCACAGACGUUUAGAGAGAAUGGCAGACGAUAUUGAUAUUGAAGCAAUGCUUGAGGCUCCUUACAAGAAGACUUGCCUAACGAUAUCUCACCUCUACUCCCAUGAAUUCACCUUUGAUUCCAGUGUGAACUGUCAAUCAUAAGGGCGAGAUGUGUGACAGAGGUGGCAUCAAGCUCUUACAGUCCCAACCCUCCAACGGAAAUGGGCGAAGAUCUCAGGAAUGGCAUCGGUCACAGGAAAUCGAUAGUGGCUGGCUGCUAGCAUGGCCACUUGGGGCUUAGGCAGAAAUAGAGCCAUGGUACUGACCAAAGGGACCAUAGCACAUGGAAUAAAACUCAAAACAGGACUUCAUUCAUGUUUUAUAGAAAUUCUCUUUAACCACUUCAACCCUGUAAAUCUGGAUAACUUAAUAUCUAACUAUAUAAGAAAGUAAAAUUUAACAUGUUAAUAUGCAUUUUUAUUUUUGUAUCUUGAUGACUUAAUUGUAAGCAACAAAGUGGUUAAACACAUACCCAUCUAAAUUUUUUUAUAGCCUUCCAUGUUAAACUAUAAACAAGUAAUUAGUUUUAAAAUUGUUUUGUAUUUUCUUAUUCCUAUUCCCUUUACCCUUUGACAACUUGAAAUGUUACCACUUCGUCCUCAUGAUGUUCUUCUAUCAACCCUGCUUAGGAUGAGAACAAGUUGAGCAGUGCUAACGGCCAUGAAGAACGUAGCAAAAAGAGGAAAAAAAGCAAGAGCAGAAGUCGUAGUCAUGAACGAAAAAGAAGCAAAAGUAAGGAACGGAAACGAAGUAGAGAUAGAGAAAGGAAAAAGAGCAAAAGCCGUGAAAGGAAGCGAAGUAGGAGCAAAGAAAGGAGACGGAGCCGUUCAAGAAGUCGAGAUCGCAGAUUCAGAGGCCGCUACAGAAGUCCUUACUCCGGACCAAAAUUUAACAGUGCCAUCCGAGGAAAGAUUGGGUUGCCUCAUAGCAUCAAAUUAAGCAGACGACGCUCUCGAAGCAAAAGUCCAUUCAGAAAAGACAAGAGCCCCGUGAGGGAACCUAUUGAUAAUCUAACUCCUGAGGAAAGAGAUGCAAGGACAGUUUUCUGCAUGCAGCUGGCAGCAAGAAUUCGGCCAAGGGAUUUGGAAGAGUUUUUUUCUACAGUAGGAAAGGUUCGAGAUGUGAGAAUGAUUUCUGAUAGAAAUUCAAGACGUUCCAAAGGAAUUGCAUAUGUGGAAUUUGUUGAUGUUAGCUCAGUGCCUCUAGCAAUAGGAUUAACUGGCCAACGUGUUUUAGGAGUGCCGAUCAUAGUACAAGCUUCACAGGCAGAAAAAAACAGAGCUGCAGCAAUGGCAAACAAUCUACAAAAGGGAAGUGCUGGACCGAUGAGGCUUUAUGUGGGCUCAUUACACUUUAACAUAACUGAAGAUAUGCUUCGGGGAAUCUUUGAGCCUUUUGGAAGGAUUGAAAGUAUCCAACUCAUGAUGGAUAGUGAAACAGGCCGAUCUAAGGGAUAUGGAUUUAUUACGUUUUCUGACUCAGAAUGUGCCAAGAAGGCUUUGGAACAACUUAAUGGAUUUGAGUUAGCAGGAAGACCAAUGAAAGUUGGUCAUGUUACUGAACGUACUGAUGCUUCCAGUGCUAGCUCAUUUUUGGACAGUGAUGAACUGGAAAGGACUGGAAUUGACUUGGGAACAACUGGUCGUCUCCAGUUAAUGGCAAGACUUGCAGAAGGUACAGGUUUGCAGAUUCCACCAGCAGCACAGCAGGCUCUACAAAUGAGUGGCUCUUUGGCAUUUGGUGCUGUGGCAGAAUUCUCUUUUGUUAUAGAUUUGCAAACAAGACUUUCUCAACAGACUGAAGCUUCGGCUUUAGCUGCAGCUGCCUCUGUUCAGCCUCUUGCAACACAGUGUUUCCAACUUUCUAACAUGUUUAACCCUCAAACAGAAGAAGAAGUUGGAUGGGAUACAGAGAUUAAGGAUGAUGUGAUUGAAGAAUGUAAUAAACAUGGAGGAGUUAUUCAUAUUUAUGUUGACAAAAAUUCAGCUCAGGGCAAUGUGUAUGUGAAGUGCCCAUCAAUUGCUGCAGCCAUUGCUGCUGUCAAUGCAUUGCAUGGCAGGUGGUUUGCUGGUAAAAUGAUAACAGCAGCAUAUGUACCUCUUCCAACUUACCACAACCUCUUCCCUGAUUCUAUGACAGCAACACAACUACUGGUUCCAAGUAGACGAUGAAGGAAGAUAUAGUCUCUUAUGUACAUAGCUUUUUUUCUUUCUUGAGAAUUCAUCUUGAGUUAUCUUUUAUUUAGAUAAAAAUAAAGAGGCAAGGGUCUACUGUCAUUUGUAUACAAUUCCUGUUACCUUGAAAAAAUAAAACUGUUAACAGGAAUGCAGUGUGCUCAUUAUCCCUAACUAGCAAAUCCCACUGUAUACAAAGCUGUUCUCUUGUUCUGCCUUUUAAAUGUACAUGUAGAAAUUUACAUUAAGGAUCUAUAGGAAUAGCUCUAGGGGGGAACAAAUGUGCUUAAUGUAAAAAGGCAGACAGGGAUGUAAUUAUGUUUUUAAUGUUUCAGAAGCCUAACUUUUUACACAGCAGUUACAUUUCAUGUUUCACUAAUGUUGAUACUUGGCUAAUGGUUUAGCAGAUUCUGGAGUACACAUUUAGUGUAUGGAAAUUCAAGACAGCUAAAGGGCUGUUUGAUUAACAUCUCAUCUUGCAUCGUGAUCAAUUGGCAAGAAAAGGAGUUUUCAAGAUUACAUUUCUGGAUAGUAUCUUUUCAAUUAAUGUAUCUGUAAAAGUUUCUUUGUAAAUAUUAUGUGUUCUGGUGUGUCUAAGAUUCCAAACAAAAUGAUCCCUGCAUUUCCUCAAGAUGUUUAGUGACAGUCUGGUAAGCAAAGCAGUCUGAGCAAGAAAUAGGAAAUGCAGAAAUAGGUUUUGUCUGGUUGCAUAUAAUCUUUGCUCUUUUUAAGCUCUGUGAGCUCUGAAAUAUAUUUUUGGGUUACUUCAGUGUGUUUGACAAGACAGCUUGAUAUUUCUAUCAAACAAAUGACUUUCAUAUUGCAACUACCUUUGUAAGAACCACUCAAAUAAAAUUCUCUUAAAAAGGCCA